CCCCCUUCGGUUCCUCCCAUCCCCUUCCUCGCCUCCUUUCCCUCUCCCCCUUCCCCGUGCCACUUUUCUCCGCGCCCUUCCCGCCCCGCAGAGCACACCUACGGCGAGGUGAACCAGCUGGGCGGCGUGUUCGUGAACGGGCGCCCGCUGCCCAACGCCAUCCGCCUGCGCAUCGUGGAGCUGGCGCAGCUCGGCAUCCGCCCCUGCGACAUCAGCCGCCAGCUCCGCGUGUCGCACGGCUGCGUCAGCAAGAUCCUGGCCCGCUACCACGAGACGGGCUCCAUCCUGCCGGGGGCCAUCGGCGGCAGCCCCCCCCCCCCCCCCCCCCCCCCCCCCCCCCCCCCCCCCCCCCCCCCCCCCCCCCCCCCCCCCCCCCCCUUCGCCUGGGAGAUCCGCGACCGCCUGCUGGCCGACGGCGUGUGCGACAAGUACAACGUGCCCUCGGUCAGCUCCAUCAGCCGCAUCCUGCGCAACAAGAUCGGCCCGCUGGCCCCCCCCCCCCCGCCCGCCAAGGCGGCCCCGCACCCCGCGGGAGCCCUGGGGCCGCCCCCGGUGCCGCUGCCGCGCUCCUGGCCCUCGGCGCACUCGGUCACCAACAUCCUGGGCAUCCGCACCUUCGUGGAGCAGGCGGGGGGGGGGCGG